AUGGCCAGCACUGUCGGACAGUCCAUCACUUGCAAGGCUGCUGUCGCAUGGGCUGCCGGCGAGCCCCUUUCCGUCGAGGAUAUUGAAGUUGAACCACCCAAAGCCCACGAAGUCCGUAUUCAAAUUCAUCACACUGGUGUCUGCCACACAGAUGCGUACACCCUCUCCGGAAAGGAUCCCGAAGGAGCGUUCCCUGUGGUCCUUGGGCACGAAGGUGCCGGUAUCGUCGAGUCUGUUGGAGAAGGCGUUACAUCCGUGAAGCCCGGUGACUAUGUUGUUGCUCUUUAUACCCCCGAGUGUCGCGAAUGUAAAUUCUGCAUGUCUGGUAAAACGAACCUGUGCGGGAAGAUCCGUGCCACCCAGGGUAAGGGUGUCAUGCCAGAUGGCACAUCGCGAUUCAGAGCCCGCGGAAAAGAGCUUCUGCAUUUCAUGGGAACCUCCACAUUCUCACAGUAUACAGUUGUUGCAGACAUUUCUGUUGUGGCUGUGACACCAGAGAUUUCCACUGAAAAAUCAUGCUUGCUUGGCUGUGGUAUCACCACUGGCUAUGGCGCAGCUGUGGUCACUGCUAAUGUAGAAGAGGGUUCCAAUGUUGCUGUAUUUGGUGCUGGCUGUGUUGGACUCUCUGUUAUCCAGGGUGCAGUCAAACAUAAAGCAGACAAGAUCAUUGUGGUGGACGUUGAUGACUCCAAGAAGGAGUGGGCACAGAAAUUCGGUGCUACUGACUUUGUGAAUCCAACCAAGCUGCAGCCAGGCAAGACAAUCCAAGAACAGCUGAUCGACAUGACUGAUGGCGGGUGUGACUAUACCUUUGACUGCACUGGUAAUGUGGGUGUGAUGCGGGCUGCGUUGGAGGCGUGCCAUAAAGGUUGGGGUCAGAGUAUCGUCAUUGGCGUAGCAGCUGCUGGCCAGGAAAUCUCAACAAGACCAUUCCAACUCGUCACUGGCCGUGUAUGGAAAGGCUGUGCUUUCGGCGGCAUCAAAGGUCGCUCGCAGCUGCCGGGUCUUGUAGACGACUACCUCGGCGGAAACCUGAAGGUGGAUGAGUUCAUUACGCACCGCGAGUCGCUGUCCGAUAUAAACACAGCGUUUGGAUUGAUGAAAACAGGAACAUGCAUUCGCUGUGUGGUGGACAUGUCGUGA